AUGUCAUCAGUUACUGCUUCAUGUAAUGCUCUUAUUGGUCAUCCAACAUUUAGUCGAUCAAUUGAAUCUCACAGUAGUGCUCAUUCAGGCGAUACAAAUUAUCAUGGAUGGCGUCGUGGAGGAACAAUUUGUAGUGAAGAUGUUGGUACUCAAACAGAAGCUAUGGGUGGAAGUAGAGGACCUGGUGGAAGUGUAUCAAGUAGUGGAAGAACAUUAUUAGGUGAAUUAAAACGACGACGAGAAGAUACAAUUGUUGAUAUUAGUCUUGAAUCAAUGAAAUAUAAUGGAGCUAUACCAUUUCGUCAAUUACAAAGACCUGAUCGUUUACCACGACAAGGAUCCCGUCAAAGUGAAUGUGACGGUUCAUUGCUUGGUGAUUUCAUGUCGAAUACAUCGCAACCAAUUACAUCCACUACUUUACAUCCAAAUGUUGAAAACCAAAAAAAAAUGCCUACAUCUACAAUAUCAACAAAUAUUACCAAUCCAACUGAUUUAGCAUCAGUUACAGUUUCAAGUCCUUUAACAAAUAUAAAUGAAGCAAAAAAUGAUGAACGUGCAACACGAAAAGAAUGUUAUCGUUUAGGAAGACGUAAAUUACUUUUUGAAAAACGUCGUAAAGCAUCAGAUUAUGCUUUAUUAUCUGCUAUGAUUGGUCUUAUAUUCAUGGUGCUUGAACAAGAAUUAACAAUGGCUAAAGUUUAUGACAAGAACAAUUGGUGCUCAUUACUUCUCAAAUCAUGUAUAUCUCUAUCUACAAUAUUCUUAGUUGGAGCGAUUAUUUUCUAUCAUGCACUUGAAGUUAAAUUAUUUAUGAUUGAUAAUUGUUUGGAAGAUUGGCGAAUAGCUAUGACAUUUCAACGUGUACUUCAAAUAGGUUUAGAAGUAACAAUAUGUGCUAUUCAUCCAAUACCAGGUAGUUUUGAAUUUGACUGGACAACACAUAUGUCAAAUAAAGCCGAUUAUCAUUUUCAAUUAAAAACAGUUCGUGUCUAUAUUGAUAUAUUACUUUCAUUACCAAUGUUCUUUCGACUAUAUCUAAUAUGUCGUGUAAUGCUUUUACAUAGCAAAUUAUUUACAGAUGCAUCAUCAAGAAGUAUUGGAGCUUUUAAUCGAAUUAAAUUUAAUACAACAUUUGUAUUGAAAACAUUAAUGACAAUAUGUCCAGGAACAGUUUUACUUGUUUUUAUUCUUUCACUUUUUAUUAUUGCGAGUUGGACAUUGAGAGCAUGUGAAAGCCACCAUGAUCCAAAACAUCAUGGAAAUCUUCUGAAUUCAAUGUGGCUUGUUGCUAUUACCUUUCUAGCUAUUGGCUAUGGAGAUUUAGUACCAAAUACUUAUUGUGGUCGAGCAAUUUGUGUUGCAUCCGGUGUAAUGGGUGUAUGUUGUACAGCUACAAUGGUUGCUGUACUUGCUCGUAAAUUAGAAUUAACACGAGCGGAAAAACAUGUUCAUAAUUUUAUGAUGGAUACUCAAUUAACAAAACGAUUAAAAAAUGCUGCUGCCAAUGUUUUACGUGAAACAUGGCUUAUUUAUAAAUAUACAAAACUAGUAAAAUAUAUAAAUACAUCUAAAGUACGUACACAUCAACGAAAAUUUCUUCAUGCUAUUCAUAGUUUAAGAAAAGUUAAAUUAGAUCAAAGAAAAUUAAAUGAUAAUAUUAAUGCUGUAUCAAGUAUAACACGCCUUCAAUCAUCUAUAUAUGAUCUUGUAUCACAAAUGCUUACUAAUCAAACUGUACUUGAAACGAAAUUUCAAGAUUUAGAUACUAGAGUAACAUCUUUACAAACACAAAUUGAAAAUUUACCAAAUAUAAUAGCAUCGACAGUUAGUGAACAAAAUAAUUGUUUGUGGCAACGUUUAGAAUCUCAUGUUCAAAGACAAUUAACUAUGAUACCACAACCAUUACCAAUAAUAUCCGUGACUUGUCCUCCUCAACGGCAAAAUACUGUGUGA